GACUCUAUUUGAAAUGUAAAAUUUUUCUUUUUGGUUGUGUUUGUUUCUGUGAAGUUAAACUGUUUUCUGUAUAUAAUUAUAUGAAUCAAUUUUUUUUACACAAAGAACACAGGGGCCUUGGAAAAAAUAUUGCAUUAGUUAUUUGUUUUUAUUUUCAAUCUUAUUUCUAACCUUUAGAGCUUUUUUUUUGGUGUGACGAUCCUUCAGAGCUUCAAUACUAUCAUUCUAACUAACAAAUAAACCAUGCAAACUGCUAUCCGAAUCAAGGAAAUUAUUUUUCAUGGACCUAUAAAAAGUGUUACUUAGUUUCUUAACUUUAUUUUUUUUUCUCAAACUUGGCUAUUUGACCAUAAAAGGAAUUUUCUUUGGGUUUUAGCCCUUCCGUUAGUUUGUCGGGCUAACAGUCUUAAGUUGCAUGUGAAAUUACUCUUUUACCCCAGCACAGAAAACAACAGUUCAAUAAACUAUAGGUGCGCUCUAUAGGUUUUUUAGGGUGUCUACUAUAUCAAUAAAUAAUAUCUCAAAAUAAGGUAUAAGCAUGGAAAUCAUUAUUUUUUGAAGCAUGGAAUCAUUAUUUUUCCCAAAACAGAUCUAAUUUCUCAAAUAGCAAGUUUGAGGAAAAAAAGGCUAAGAAACUAAGCAACACUUUUCUUUUUUAGGGUUAAGAAAAUAAUUUUCUCAAUCGGAACGGAUUGAAAUCAAGGACUUCCAUCCAGAUCGAAAAAAAUUACGGCCUCCGCGAUCUAUAAAACGCUGGCAUCUUUCGGUUUCUUCCCACACGUCUUUCAUUUGAAACGGAUGGAAUCAUGGAGUCCGCGAUGGACUCGCGAAACGCCGACGCCGCCGCCGCCGCCGCUCCAAUGCCCCUGUACCCUCACGCUCUGCUGUCGCUUCCGGAUCUCGACCGCCCGCCGGCGAUCAUGGAGAUGUGGGAGGUGGAGGCGGUGGCCGCCGCGCUCCCGGCCAAGAAGCGGCGCCUGCGGGAGACCUUCGAACGCCUGGCCGCCUGCUCCCCGACGCCGCUCCCCUUCCGCUGGGAGGAUCUCGACACGUACAUCUCCUCCCUCCAGUACUCCGUUACCCUCCGCCACCGCCAGCUCCGGGAACUCGAAAAGUCUAAGCCUGCCCCAGCGCUUGCCCCUGCUCCGGCCGCAAUGUCCCUGCUGCCCAUCGCCGCCGCCGGCGACGUCGGCCAGGUGCGGGUCCUUGAAAAACCACGGCCUUCCCCUGUUCUUCCCGUCGUCAUGGCGCUUCCGGCCACUGGCGGCGAUGUCCACGAGCUUCGGGCCCUCGUGAGGUCCAAACCCGUCCAACCUCAACCUCCUGCGCCAGCUCCCGCCGCCGCCGCGGCUGCGGCUGACACCGAUGUCCACGUCGAGGAGGGAAGAAAAAGGAAGGCGUGUAUCCAGGAGGCGGAGGAAGUCCGCGUGGCGAAGCGUACGGCGCAUAAGCAGGAGCGCCAAGCAAAGAUGCGGUCGCGAAAGAUCCAGGAGGAUGGAGCGGUGAAGGAGAAGACGACGUCUCCGUCGCACGACAGCAACGGCAAGGAGUUGAUGCCGGUUCCUCAAGGCGACGACGACGACAAUGGCCUCGCGGCGGAGGCGAACGCGAGCACGGACGCCACAGUGCAGGUGAAUCCCGUCACCGUCAGCAAGGUCGCCGUCGUCCUGCAGCCGGAGCUCCCUGAACCUGCCACUGCGCGCGAUGCCACGAACCGUGUGCUGGCUGCUGGCGUCGCGAACUCCACUGGCCUGCAACGAAGUCGUCCGCCCCGCCCCGUCGCCGCCUCUGGCGCCGCAGCGUCCGCGGCGGCUGUCACCGUCACCGGCAGGGAUGUGGAGGCCGCCAGCCAGAAGGUGCAGAUGCAACUCGCCGUGCGGGAGGUUGAACGGCACGACGACCCGGUGCCGGUGGUCACCAAGAACAUCGAGUCUCUCGAUGGUGGCGAGGCCAAGGUGAGUCCGCGUCGUCCUGGCCACUGCACCGGCAAUGGCCUCCCGAUCACGGCCAUCACGGCCACAGAUCCCAUCUGCAAGAUCGGCGGCACUCUGCACGAGCCCCCUGCCACGAUUCCCAAAACCUCCAGCAACUCCACUAGCCAGGCGGUGACGGUGCCUCCCAACUAUGAGGUGCCCGACGUGGAGAUGGAGAUAGUGGAACCGGAGGAGACGACGCUGCAGGUGCUCGAAGACGACGCAUCAAUGUUAGCCAAGAAGGCAUAUCAAACACAAGUCGCCAUCAUGUCCGAGGAGGCAGCCGGCAAGGUAAGCCCACUUCCUCUAGGCUGCAGCAAUGGCCAUGGCCAUGCACAGGCCGCCGUCGCUGGCGCGGCCACCGCGAUGCCGCAGGUAGCCGCUGCUGCUGCUGCUGCUGCGGGCGACGCCACCGUGUGCAAAAGCUCACCCACCGUGACGCGCGACACCCCAAACCUUGUGCAGGCUGCUAGCAUCCCGGCCCCGAAGAGCGCCGGCGUGCCCGCUGCCACGCGCGAGCGCGACGCCCCGGCCGCCUCGCACGCCACUCGAGGUGCACCACCGGCAGCUGGCUCCCAGCAGGACGCCAGUGACGUGAGUCCAGUUCCUCCACGAGGAGGCAACGGUCUUGCUCACGCUCAGUCGUCCCGCGUGAGCGCCGGCGCCGCCGGCACGCAGACGGACAGCGCGCGUGAUAGCGCCGUUGUCCGGCAAGGUUCCCCCGCCGCCGCGGGCGCGGGCGCGGCACCGGCACCGGCCCGCCGUGACCUGAGCGCCACUAACCCUGUGCCGGCUAGCAGUAGACGGGAACACCCUGUGCCUGUGCCGGAUGCCGGCAGGCAUGUGCUCCAGCAGCAGCACAUGCCCAAGCAUGAGCCGGUUUCUUCGCCGCAGAAACAGCAGGAAUGGUCUUCGAAAAACCAUGGCGGCCGUCCGACGAGCUCUCGCCCUGUGCCUGAAGCACAGGUCGCUGUUGCUCAGAGGUCGUGGAGCAGGCCCGGCGAGGGGAGAGGCGGUGGAAUCGCAGCUGCACCUGCAGGAGGGCUACGGGGAGACGACAACAACAGAAACAACAAGGACAGGUACAAAGCAAAGCGACCCCUAUUUUGCGACAAGUGUGGAUGCAAGGGCCAUCUGGCCGAAAAUUGUCGCACAGCGAAACACCUCGUGGCACUCUAUCAGAAGGCGAAAGAGGAGAGGGAGAAGGAGCAGAAACAGAUUUGCUACAGGUGUGGAUGUACAGGCCACUGGUCUCGCAAUUGUCGCACAGCAAAACACCUGGUCGAUCUAUACCAAAAGGAUCGAGCGGCCAAGCGUGCCGCAGGACUUCUUCAGAAAAAUGUCUAGCGUUUUUGGAGAUUUAUUUCAAGCUUAUCUGGAAUCCUUCAUUUGGAGAUCAAGAUUGCAAUAUCUAAAUGGGUCUCUACAAUACUCAUGGCAAAAUCAGCUGUAUGUUAUCUUCAUAUUUGUUGCAUUAACCCUCUCAAAUGGUACCAAAUUAGAAUUCAUAUUGGACUAUUGGAGCCCCUUUUGAAAUAUUUGAAUGUUUGUCUGCUUAAUGAAACACGUGCCAUUGCAUGUUCUCGAAAAAAAA